AUGUCAGAUUUUGUGAGGUUUAACACUAAAGAGAUAGACGAUAUUCACCACCCACUAUUUCAAACAAAAAUAAAAACAACUCAAGACAUAAUUCAUAAUGCAUUUAAAACAGAGAAAACAAUGUCUGAAACAAUAAAUAAAGUUGUUUCACGAGGAAGUGAAUAUUUAUCAUAUUUACAAGAAGUUAUUGAUACUUUUGAUUCGUUUAGAGAUAUGACAAAUGAAAGUGAAGAAUAUAGUUCAUUUCUUGAUUCAACAAGAAAGUCUGUUGAAAUACAACGUCAAUUUCUUAUGAAAGUGAUUGAUUGGAAAAUACAAAUGGAUUUAAUGAUUAAUAAACAAUUAAGUAAAUUUGAGAUAAAUGAAAAAGAGUAUAAUAAAGAGAGAAAAGUAUAUGAUUGUGAGUUUAAUAAAUUAAUUAAAUCGAAAAAUAGUUUAAAUGAACGAGCUACAAGUUUAGAAAAAGGAAUAGAAAAUGCUACUAUACGAUUUUGUGAAGAAAUGAAUGCAACGAUAUGGAAUUUUGGUCAAGUUAUUCAAUGUAAUGGAAUUCAAUUCAGUGAAAUAAUCAAUGAAUGUAUUUCAGAAUGUAAUAAAAAUAAUACUAAAUCAAUACCAUCUAAGAAAAUUAUAUUACAUGAAGCAACAAAAGAAGUUAUUCAACUUCCUAAAAACAAGAAAGGUGGAAUAUUAGUAAGUAAAGGGAAAUUAGGAUUAGGAACAAAACAAUACUAUUAUAUAAAAGGAAAGAAUUUAAUAUUAUUUAAUGAAAAAAAAGGAGAGAGUAUUGUUACUGAUAUUCUUACUUCAUUAGCUAAACCACAAAAUGAUAAUCAUUCAUUUGAAUUAAUUACACCAAGUCAACAAGAUAUUUAUUAUACAAGUUGUUUUAAUGAAAUGGAAAGAUGGAUUAAAAUGUUUGAUAAAGUUAAAAAAGAUAUUGAAUAUUACACUGAUAAAAAUGAUAUUAAUGAAAGUAUUAAUCCAAUUAAUAUUACUAAU